UGCGUAUAUGUUGUUAUGCGUCUGAGUUGACGGAAAGCGUCUUUUUCAGAUUUAGGGUUAUGGUCGUAGCGUGUAUCGUGUAAGUCACAAAGAUAAAUGUUCAUGUAGCCGUCAAGUAGAUAAUAUCCUUGUUCUUUUGAGUUAUUUUUAUAAAAACGUUACGGUUCCCUAACGUUUCUCAAAAUGUCUGGAGGUAUGCUUUAUGGUGGAGAUGAAAUAGGGGCAUUAGUCUUUGACUUAGGCCACCACUCUCUAAGAGUAGGUUAUGCUCAAGAGGAUACUCCAAAGGCAGAGAUUCCAGCUGUUGUGGGCAUAGGAGAAGAUGGCAACAGCACAGCUAGCAAAGCUGAACCCAUGGAUAUUGAUGAUAAAAAGCCUGAUAGUAAUAUCACUCAGAGUGGGACCAAAUAUUAUAUUGAUACGACAAUUCUUCAUGUUCCACGAAGAAAUAUGGAAAUUGCUAGUUAUAUGAAAGAUGGUAUGAUUGAAGAUUGGGAUCAUUUUGAAAAGGUUUUAGAUUACACAUACUCAAAGGUAAUUCAAUCUGAUGCUGAAUAUCAUCCUGUAUUGUUUUCUGAAUCACCUUGGAAUGUACGCAGCAAACGUGAAAAAUUGACUGAGUUAAUGUUUGAAAAAUAUAAUGUACCAGCUUUUUUUAUUGUGAAAAAUGCAGUUUUAGCUGCAUUUGCGAAUGGCAGAUCCACUGGUAUAGUUGUUGACAGUGGUGCUACACAUACAUCUGCAGUACCUGUGCAAGAUGGAUUUGUAUUGACUCAAGCUAUUGUUAAAUCUCCUCUUGGUGGAGAUUAUAUAAGUAUGCAAUGCAGGCAGUUUUUACAAGAUAACGAUAUUGAUCUAUCACCGCCUUAUAUGGUAGGUAGUAAAGAAGUAGUUAAAGAUCACGAUAAACCACGAUGGGUUAAGAAGAAAGGUAUACCAGAAGUCACCAAAUCUUGGCAUAAUUACAUGGUGAAGAAAGUAAUUCAAGAUUUCCAAGCCACGAUUCUUCAAGUAUCAGAGACUCCAUAUGAUGAGAAAAUAGUUUCCACGAUUCCAGCAGUCCAAUAUGAGUUUCCAACUGGAUAUCAUCAGGAUUUUGGAAGUGAAAGAUUCCGAAUACCAGAAGCGUUAUUUGAUCCCAGCAUGGUACAAAUGCGCGGUGGCAUGGUUGGUAAUACCAUGUUAGGUGUGGGACACAUUGUCGCCACCAGUGUUGGCAUGUGCGACGUCGAUAUGCGACCGUCACUUUAUGCGAGUGUCGUCGUUACUGGUGGCAAUUCGUUUAUUCAGGGCUUUCCAGAGCGUUUAAAUAGAGAUCUGUCUGUGAGAAUACCUACCAGCAUGCGUCUUAAAUUAAUCAGCGCAAAUGGUUGCGCGGAAAGAAGAUUCGGAGCUUGGAUAGGUGGUUCAAUAUUGGCGUCGAUCGGUACUUUUCAACAAAUGUGGAUUUCCAGUCAGGAAUAUGAGGAAAGCGGAAAGAGUCAAGUAGAAAGAAAAUGUCCUUAAACCGCGAUAGUUCACUAUAUAUUUCUAUCUUCAAGUCAUCAUAGACGUCAGUGUUUGUACAAAUGUCGCACACGAAGUAAGUACAAUUUUUGGAAUACGAGAAUCUACGUUGUACGAUAUUGUGCAUUAUUUGAUAUAUGUAAUAUCUAAGGCACGUAACGAUACUAGGAGUCAUUUUUUGAAAUAAAACGACUUUUUAUAACAUUGUAUAAUAAAUGAAUACACUUAUGAUGUUAUAAAAUUACACGCUCGUUCUACACGUACAUACAGAUAUAUUUUAUUUGUAAGCAACAUUAAUCAUUAGCCAAUUACAUUACUCGAAAUUGUAGUACGAGUAAGUGAAAUGACAGAAUUUAUCUUCACUUAUCAUCGACAUGUCGUAUUAUGAAAUACAUGAAAUUUUGUAGAUUAUAAUGAGAUCUUUUUAUAAAAAUUUACCGUGGCAGGCUGUAUCCUGGAUAUAAAUAUGUAAUUCUUGUGU